AUGGACCCAUAUCAACCCGAUGGAAGCUAUUAUCUUCCCCCGAGCGGGAACAACCCAUACGACCAACAGGAGGCAACAACUGGAUCUGCGUAUGGCAAUGCAAAGACUGGUGGUCAGUUCUACCGUAAGGAUGUUUCCAUCUUCACCGCGGCGCCUGACGCCUCCGAAUUCACGUUUGGAAGUGGCCCCAAUACCGUUCCUCCCGCAAGUUACUCCUCUCAAUGGGUUCCUUCGGACAACCAAGCGUUCAACCCCAAUGAUGCAGAAGCCUUGGCCCCAGUCACGCCUUUGAUUGAGUUCAAAGGCUUGGGCAUACGGAUGCUCGGGGAAAUGGAAAACGACCUUGACAAGCCAAGCUUGGAACUGAUUCGAGGGAUACUGCCCCAAUGCGACGGAAUGGCGUGGAAGUAUGGCAGUACCUGGCACGCACGGCUAGCAUUCUUGACCGGCUUGCUAGAAGUCCGCAAGGCGUUGACAGACGAAGGUAGUGCCAAGGCAGAGUACGCUUUUUGCGUAGGGCGAUUGGAGAGGUUGCGUUACAUGGCGCGCGGCGGUAUCAACAUGAAACGCGGGCUUCUCAUCACCCGAACGAAGGCUGAGAUAGAGCAAGAACUCGAGGCACCGUUUCUCUGCGAGGUGUCCAAUCUCGAUUAUCAAAAUGACGACUUCAAACUUCUCGAUAGCGAUUGUUCUGUGGGGGCCUCAGUAACCGAUACGACGCUUCUAGACUCGGCGUAUGAUCCGUCUUUAGUUUUGCCGGUAGGCCUCUCCGAGCUUCACUGGCCAUCACAGAUAGGCAAUUCGCUGCAGAACUCGGCUGCACCAAGUCACGGCCGAGGCGUUCCCGAUCGAAUGAACAACCCCUUGGCCUGGUCAGUCGCAGAACCCAGCAGGAAGACCACGCGCCUCGUUCCACUUCGAAGAUUGGACUUCAGUCUUCCUGUCGGAACGUCCGAACACGUGAGGAUAGCACUGCAAGGGCUCGAGGACGCCAAUCUUGAUCCUCAAAGCUUACGUGUGAUCGCCGAAGAGCGGAAACACUAUGCGUCUCUCGACACUUACAUACAAAUGUUGGUAGAAUUGCAGGCUAUUCGCCUGCGGCUUUCGGCAGGCUCUCAGAAGGGCGCAAAACACGAAUACGUGUGUGAAGGGAGGAGGCUCUGGGUAUAUCGAUGCCCUAUGCCCAAUUGUCAUUUAGUCAGGAAGAUUCGGAAAAGGGAGGGUCAUGCGUAUUGCGAGUGGUGCAAUAAGCGCAGACUCUGCGAAAAGGUCGCCUUGGAGCUGUCUAGUACUCGAGAUGAGGAGAGCGCCUGUUCAACCGGGAGCGUUUCUCGUUCUAUAUCCAAUCCCUCAUACUUCUUCACGGAAAACUCCCUGCCGGAACCAAGGGCCCAGGGCAAGAAAAGGGAAGGGCUUACUUGCGACCGUGAUAGUCGGGCGUGGCUGAAGGAGAACAACUUGAAUCGCAACGACAGCGGCCUGAUCGAACAAGUGAACAGCGCUUUGCACGAUGGGCUAAACAGGUUCACGUACGGCGACGCCAGUGCUGUAAGUUCGGGAACACUCGGGAUCACCCACACAGACUCACGUUCCACAACGCCACCUAUGGUGACCGUCAGCGGCUCCCCUGAUUCGAUAUGCUCUGACCACAGCGACAUCAGGGCUAUGAACAGGAUUCGUCAAGCGAAUCUGAAGAUCGUUACAUAUGCGGUCGAACGGGACCCUGAUGGGUUCAUGGACAAGAUGGCCGAGCACUGUCUAGGUGAUGACGUCUAACGGCUCUGUCUUUUCGAUCAUAUUCCGCGCCGCAAGGCCUGGCUCGGUUUUCAUGAUGUCUCCCCUACUGUCUCUACCUCUAUCUUUUCGUUUGUUUAGCUGUAUUCUGGCUCUGCAUCAUGAUGUC